UUUCACUCUACACUCUCUACAUGGGAUUUGCGAGCAUCGUCUUUACUAUCUGAACCGCAUUUCUUCCCUUUAACUGUUGAUAUUCUUCUGUUCCUUGUCCAAUCCACCUCCUCCUUCUCUGGUUAAUAACAGGAAACUUCGUAACCAGGUGGUGGCAUUGCCGUUCAGCAAGCAGAAAGAUCCAACUUUAAUCUGCCAGAAUGAGUUCAGAGGUAAACACCACCUGCCAGCUCAAGACCAGUGAAGUUGGAAGUGUGUUUGUGAUGAUCUUCCUGAUGGUUGAGACGCUUGUGGGCCUACCGGGAAGCAUCGUGGCACUGUGGAUUUUCUGUUGCCGUAUGAAGUCCUGGAAAUCUCAUGUCACUUUCCUCUUUAACCUGUGUCUGGCCGACUUGCUGCUUUUUCUCAGUGUGCCCUUCCGCAUCGACACCCACUGGCGAGGAGAUGACUGGAUAUUUGGACCAGUUUGGUGCCGCAUUAACCAGUACAUGUUGUCUGUCAAUCGAUCCGCUAGUAUCUCUUUCAUGACAGCCGUGGCACUGGACCGUUACUUCAAGGUGGUUUAUCCACAUCACUCUGUCAGUCGACUGCUUUCGAGACACGCGCACAAGUUUGCAGCUCUGAUAUGGCUCAUUGUGGUUUUGUAUCGACUCCCAUUGUUGACCACCAACCUCCUUCAUAAGGAGCAUAAAGAAAAAAAAAUAUGUCGCAGCUUCCACUCCUACAAAGUAAUCCCUCUGGCAAUAAAAGUUCACUAUGCUUCUUAUAUUUUAGAGUUUUUCCUGCCAUUUUUUUUGUUGCUCUUCUGCUCUAUCGGGAUUGCCUGUCAAGUAAGAAAGCUGAGAAUGGAUAAAGGGAAAGUACAACGGGCCAUCAGAGCUGUGAUGGUCAUCACUACGGUGUUCACCUUCUGUUUCAUGCCAGGUGUCUUUUCAGGCCUGGUAGGGUUGUACAUAAAAAUGUACCACAAAGAAGCGUGUGAAUCUUACAGCAUAUGUAUUAAUGUCUUUAUGGUGUGCAUUGGCCUGACCUACCUCAACAGUGCAUUGGAUCCUGUCGUCUACGUUUUCACCAGCUCUGUGUUUCAUCACACUCUUAAGAACUCCUUCAGAUGUAAAAAGACACCAGAGCAGCAAGUAACAUAUAAUUCCUGUCCAGUAAAAAGGAUUUAAUAUUCAGGGUAUUGUUUAAAUGGAAAGAGGUCAAACAAAUGUUAGAAAUUGUUAUUUUGCCGAAGGAUGUUUUAACAGCAGUCCAGAUUUUUAUAAGCUGAAUUUAUCAUAUCAGUGUACUAGUAAUGGUACAAUGAAUAAAAGUUACAUUUCCUCUUUCUUCAUUGUAUUUUAGUACGAUUAAUCCUGAACUUUUGAGGAAGGACAUAGAAGUACUGUAAUGGCCUUAUGUCUCUGUUCGUAACAUCUGUACUCACAGCAUCAUAGUGGCUGCCUAGUGGUUAGGGCGUUGCGCUUGGAAUCCUGAGGAUCUGCGUUCAAGACCAACUCCCACAGACUGCCACUCUGGGUCCCUGAGCAAGACCAUUAACCCCACACUGCUUGCCAGGCGCUGCACAACGGCAAGCCCACUGCUCCCCAAGGGAUGGGUCGAAUGCAGAGGUGAAUUUUUCCAAUGUGAGAUUAAUGAAGUUCAAUUAUUAUCAUUUAUAUUUUGUUUAACCUUCUCUAUGCAAGAUGGCCGCAACAAAAUUUCAAAACACAUGGUCUGAUUAAAGUACACCUGAUUUUCCUGAAAGCUAAAUUGACUUCAUGUUCCAAGCAUCUCUCCCAAGGGUAAUUGUUUCAAUUUUAAUGCAAACAUGACUAGUGUAAAGGUCUUUUAUAAAGCGUUUACACAAACGCUUAUUAUUUCUCUAAUGGUAUAAUAGUUUUCUAAGAUUGUUAAGCUGGGGCUCCUCUAUCCUGGCUAGCUGCUACCUUACAGUCUGAUUUAUUUUCUCUUUAUUCAAGCUGACUGACUUUGAUGAACUAAUCCUUAACUUUCCCAAAUUUUUUUAUGAUUAAUAAAAGGAAGAAAAUUACACAAAUCUGAGCAGAAUAAUAAAGUUGCAUGCUUUCUUUUUCUUGGCUAGAGAUACAACUGUAUCUGUAUCUGUUACUGUUAGUUAAGAUGUUAUGCUGGAUUAUUUGAAAUGACUGAAACGUUAUGUGCUUUCUGAAACAUUUAGCUUAUAAUACACUUUCUUCAGACAAACCUUGAGUAAUAAAAAUCCAUUCAUUGAGUCUCACAUUACAAAAUCUAUUAGGGUUAUUUGCAAUAACUGAUGCACAUAUUUAAACUGGUAUUUUUUAUCUUCAUUUGAAACUUCAAUCUUUCUUCGUCCACAGUAGAAAAUAGUUUCAGCUAAUGCUGAAAGGACCAUAUUGUGCCAGUAGGUGAAAAUGAAAUCAAUUAAUUGCACAUAAAACAGUCUAUACAAAGAUAAGGGUUUAAGCUACGAUAGGAGGAAAUAUAAGUAUGAGUAAACGAGGAGAACAUGCAAACUCCAAAAAUAUUAGUCAAUAUCUUCAAGAGAGUGCUAAAAAGGUACAACUAGAGGCCCACUGCAUCGAUAUGCUUUCAUAAGUAGGAAGAAAACAAUUGUGUGGUGCUUUUGUGCUAGCAUUUACACGCUGAAACAUGAAAUCUGCAUUGUCUGAUUUUUCCACGCUGAGACCAAGUUUAAAAAAUUAUCUUUCACACAUCUCCCAAAAAGGUGCCUGUUAGAUAAACAGCUUUAAUUGACAAAAUGGUCACCGCUGCUGCCACAACCCCACACAGAGAAGCCUGUGUUUCCUGACAAUCGCUCUAUUUGUUUGCAGUGUUUAACUUGUACAUGUUUAUCAGUUGGGAUAACCUCCAAAGAAGAAGACAAGGCAAUGAUACUUUCUGAACCCUUAAGAAAAUAAACAAACCACCCUAUCUCUGUUGCAGGAAUAAAAUCCUUCCAUUUGCACUUGCUUCUCUCACAUUUACUCUUACAGUAUAUAUUGUUUACUAUUUACUUCAUUAAAAACUGUAAUGGAUUUAUUAUUUAAGUUUUUCUUUCUAGUCAGUACGCUUUGAAAGGCCCUUUAUUAAUGAUAAUGACAUAUUUUCGAUUUUUCUAAAUGAACAAGUGCAUAAAAAGGUGUAUUUGCAUUUGUUGACUCUCCUACCUUUGUGUGC